AAAUAUUUUACAGAUGAACCUGAAACAAGAACUCCUUGGUUUCUGCAUCUUUUCCACUUCCAGGACAUUUGUUUCCAAGGUGCAGCCUGGGGGCAUUUUGAGAGUUCUGCCCAACAAAGAACCUUGUGCGUCUCUAAAAGCACUUCAUUUUCCCCAAGUGGCAGAAAUUGGCCUCAUGGAAAAACCCUCGGUUGGAGAUUAUGUAGAAUCCACAACACAGGUCCUACCUAGGUCUUGGCCUCCCAGGGAGCACCUCAUGGCCCCAGCGCAGCCCCUGACAGCCCCCCAAGAGAAGGAGGAUGAGGAGGUUGGGGGGCUUCUGAUGCUGGAACGAAGCUGGCGGCCCUGGCCCAGAACACGGAGGAAGGUGAGAGGUUGCCUCACGUGCCUCAAGCGCCAGCUCUUCCGCGUGGGCGACGACUGGUACUUCCUUUUCGCCCUGGGCGUCAUUAUGGCCCUGGUCAGCUUUGCCAUGGAUUUCACCGUCGCCAAAAUGUCCAACGCCCACAUGUGGCUUUACCAAGAGGUGGGGGACUACGUCGUGCUGAAGUUCCUCUCCUGGACCAUGUACCCCGUUGCGCUCUCAGCUUUCUCCACCGGCUUUGCACAGAGCAUCACCCCACACUCGGGAGGGUCUGGCAUCCCAGAGCUGAAGACGAUCCUCACCGGGGUGAUGCUGGAGGAGUACCUGGCCAUCGAGAACUUUGGGGCCAAAGUGGUGGGCCUGACCUGCACCCUGGCCUGCGGGAGCACCAUCUUCCUCGGGAAAGUGGGCCCUUUUGUCCACUUGUCCAGCAUGCUGGCCGCUUACCUGGGCAAGGCUCGGACCACCGUCUCGGGGGAGUACGAGAAUAAGAGCAAGCAGAACGAGAUGCUGGUGGCGGGGGCGGCUGUGGGUGUGGCCACGGUCUUUGGGGCUCCCAUUAGUGGAGUCCUGUUCAGCAUCGAGGUGGUGUCCUCCCACUUUGCCGUCCGAGACUACUGGAGGGGCUUUUUUUCAGCCACCUGCGGAGCCUUCAUGUUUCGCCUCCUGGCUGUCUUCAACAGCGAACAAGCAACCAUCAUGGCUCUCUUCAAGACCAGCUUUAAGAUUGAUCUGCCCUUUGACCUGCCAGAGACCUUCUUCUUCGUGAUCCUGGGAGCCAUCUGCGGGGUGGUGAGUUGCGCCUACCUCUACUGCCAGCGCUGGCUCCUGGGCUACGUCCGGAUCAACCACCUCACAGCGAAGCUCCUUGCCACCGAGAAACCCUUUUAUUCGGCUCUGGUCGCUCUCGUGCUUGCAUCCAUCACCUUCCCACUUAGUCUGGGGCAGUUCAUGGCCUCAAGGCUGACCAUGAAGGAACUCCUCAACUCCCUUCUGGACAACCACACCUGGGGGGUCCUUUCCCAGAAUGCCUCGCUAACCAGGCCCCUCCAGGUCGACCCCGAGAACCUGUGGCUUGAGUGGUGGGACCCCAACCUCUCCAUCUUUGGCACCCUGGUGGUCUUCCUGGGGAUGAAGUUCUGGAUGCUGAUACUAGCCACCACCAUGCCCAUGCCUGCUGGGUACUUUAUGCCGGUCUUUGUGUAUGGGGCUGCCAUCGGGCGCCUGGUGGGGGAAGUGGUCGCCCUCCUGUUUCCCGAGGGCAUCUGGUCGGAAGGUCUGGUCAGCCCCAUCACCCCGGGAGCGUAUGCCCUGGCAGGGGCAGCCGCCUUCUCUGGCUCGGUCACCCACUCCCUCUCCACGGCCCUGCUUGCUUUUGAGAUGACGGGGCAGAUUGCCCACAUUCUGCCGGUCAUCCUGGCCGUCCUGGUGGCCAACGCCAUUGCCCAGAAGUCUCAGCCUUCCUUCUACGACGGCACCAUCAUUGUCAAGAAGCUUCCCUACCUGCCUCGCAUCCGGAGCAGGCACAUCGGCUCUUACCAGGUCACGACCCAGGAGUUCAUGAAGACCCAUUUUGUCACCCUGCCCAAGGACGCCUCCUUCCAGGAAGUCCUCCAAGUGAUCACUUCCACCGAAGAUCCAGAAUACCCCGUGGUGGACAGCAGAGAGACCUCCAUGUUGCUGGGGGUCAUCCGGAGAUCUGAACUCAUCCAGUUCCUGCAGACCCACGAUGAGGCCAGCCUGCCCCACAAGGAAGACGGGGAACAGCCUCCCUCUCGCCAGACCUUGGGAGAAGUCUGCACUUUCAGCCCUGUGACCCUCCAGCUCUCCCCUUGGACAUCCCUGCACCAGGCCCACAACCUUUUUGAGCUGCUGAGCCUCCAGUGGGCGUUUGUCACCCAGCUGGGCCAAGUGGUGGGGGUCGUCUCCAGGUCCGAGCUCCGGAAAGCCAUUGAAGGCCUGGCAAAUCCCAAACCUGCCAAGUAGGAUGAUGGGCGGAGCCCCUGCUUCCUCACAAGGGCAGAAACGGGAGCGCCCAGCAUGACGGAGAAGCGGAGAGAACGGCUCCUUCACUCACUCAGGUGCCUGUGAUUUAUUCUGACUGCAAAUUAAAUAUGCAAAUAUUUUCCAUC